AUGAGUGCUGCUAAGAUCGACCUCAAGUUUUCUGAUAAUGCUGAUCAGAAUGGCUUCUACAGGAAAUACAAGAACCUCGAUGAUAAGCCAUUACAAACCCUCAGAAUCAGCGAUCGUGGGGAAUAUUAUACCGUAUUGGGAGAAGAUGAUACCAGUUUAGUAGCGGAAAUGAUCUAUAAGACCAGAUCGGUGAUCAAGGAAAAUCAAAAUAUCCCGUAUAUUACCAUCUCCCCACAAGUGUUCUCGUCGGUUGUCAAGAAUUUUGUGAUUGAUCAAGGGUACAAGAUCGAACUAUACGAUAAACAAUGGCGGCUCCUCAAGAAUAUCAGCCCUGGUAAUUUGCAAGAUGUUGAAGAGUUGGUGAAUUUGUCAUCGGCAGAUAUGACCUCGAACCAAAUGAUGGGGGCCCUCAAAUUCAUGGAUAAAUCCGAUGGGAAGUACAUUGGUUUAGGGUACGUGGAUAAUAAUUCCAAGAUCCUUGGGUACGCCGAGUUCAUUGAUAAUGAUUUGUUUUCCAAUUUAGAAUCGACAUUGAUCCAAUUGAAUAUCCGCGAAGUGUUGAUUUCCGGAUUGACCGACGAAAGUCUAAGAAAGGAUCGGGUGUUGACGAAAUUGGUGCAAGUGAUCAACCGGUGUGAAAUCACCAUCAGUGAUGUCAAGCCAAGCAUUUUCAGCACCAAGGAUAUCGACCAGGAUUUCAACAAGUUAUUGACCGAAGAAUCGUUUCUUGCAUUUUCCACUCCCGAAGUGCAAUCCAAAACUUUGGCCCUUAGUGGGGUGGCGGCGUUAGUGGCAUAUUUGAACCUUUUGAACGACGAUACCGCGUUUGGCGCGUACCAUUUAAACAAUUACACAUUGGGAAAGUACAUGAAAUUAGACUUGUCGGCAGUCAAAGCCCUUAAUUUGUUCCCAACCGUGAGAGAUCAAGGUUCGAAGUCUGGCAGUAUCUUUGGGAUUUUAAACCAUUGUAAAAGUGCCGAAGGUACCAGGUUAUUGAGUCAAUGGAUCAAACAACCAUUGACCAAUUUGGAAGAUAUCACAAAGAGACAUUUGUUAGUGGGUUUCCUUAUGGAGGAUUCUCAAACUAGAAGUGCUAUUCAACAAGAUGUGUUAUCGUUUGUUCCGGAUAUCAGAAGACUCACCAGAAAAUUUGCCAAGGGUAAAUCGACGUUGGAAGAUGUGGUGAGAAUUUACCAAUUAUUAUUGAAACUUCCUGAUUUAUUGAAUAUUUUGGAAAUGGGGUUUGAAAAUUUGGAUGAUCAACGGUUCUCGUUCCUUAAUGAUGGUGAACUACCACAAUUGAAAAAAUUGGUUAGCGAUGAGUGGCUCGAACCUUUAAAACAAACGGUUUCUUCAUUAUACAAAUUGCAAGAAUUGGUGGAAACCACCGUGGAUUUAGACGCUCUUGAUAAUCAUGAAUAUGUGAUCAAGGCGGAAUUCAACGAAGAUUUGAUGGAAAUUAAAGAAAAACUCGACACUUUGCAAAACGAGAUCACUCAGUGCCAUGUUGAUACCGCUGAUCAAUUGCAGAAAGAAGCAGAUAAGAAAUUGAAAUUAGAAAACCACGCUACUCACGGGUGGUGUAUGCGUCUUACCAGAAACGAUGCUUCAGUGAUUAGAGGAUUACCAAAAUAUCACGAGUUACAAACCGUGAAAGCCGGGGUAUUCUUCACUACUUCUCAAUUGAAAUCGGUGGCUGAUCAAUACACAAACUUACAAGGUGAAUAUAACCGCACCCAAACUGCGGUGGUCAGAGAAAUCAUUGAAAUUUGCAGCACUUAUUGUCCAUUAUUGGAUAAACUUUCGGGCGAAUUAGCUGAAAUUGACGUGAUUGUUGCCUUUGCCCACGUCUCAUCGUAUGCCCCAACCUCGUACAUCAGACCGAAAUUAUAUACUAUGGAUGACCCACAAGGAAAAACCAUUGUCAAGGACGCCAGGCACCCAUGUCUUGAAAUGCAAGAUGAUAUUUCGUUCAUUGCCAACGAUAUUGAUCUUGCAAAAAACCAAUCUGAAUUCUUGAUCAUCACUGGCCCAAACAUGGGAGGGAAAUCCACUUAUAUCAAAAGUGUGGGGAUUAUUAACUUGCUUGCACAAAUUGGGUGUUAUGUUCCAGCAUCCGAAGCGGAAAUUUGUUUAGUAGACGCGAUCUUGGCCAGAGUUGGGGCAGGGGAUUCUCAAUUGAAAGGGAUUUCCACUUUUAUGGCGGAAAUGUUGGAAAUGUCGAGUAUUUUGAAAAGUGCCACCGAACAUUCUUUGAUUAUUAUUGAUGAAUUGGGAAGAGGUACCAGCACUUACGAUGGGUUUGGGCUUGCUUAUUCAAUUAGUGAGCACCUUGCCAAAGAAAAACAUUGCUUCACAUUAUUCGCGACCCACUUCCACGAACUCACGGGAUUAUCAGAAAAAAUCCCUACCGUGAAGAAUUUACAUGUGGUGGCCCAUGUCAGUGAAGAAAAAGCCACUUCUGACGAUAUCACGUUGCUUUAUAAAGUUGAACCGGGGAUCUCUGACCAAUCAUUUGGGAUCCACGUUGCCGAAGUGGUGCAGUUCCCUAAGAAGAUCAUUUCAAUGUCGAAACGUAAGGCUUCGGAAUUGGAGGAUUUGGCAGGUAAAGCUGAAGGAUCCGCAGAAGAUCCGUACGUGGCGGAUAAGAGAACAAAAUGUAAUCCGGAAGAAAUCACUAAAGGGAGUCAGUUAUUGAAAACCAUUUUGAAAGAAUGGAAAACUAAGGUGGAUUUGAAGAAGAUUAGUGAAACUGACGCCAUAAAGGAAUUAAAUCUUUUGGUUAAGUCAACUUAUGGAGAUGAAGUGAAGCAGGAUAAAUUUCUACAAGAAGUGUUGGGAUUAUGA